ACGUGCUUGGCAUAGCAAACAAUAAAUCAGGCUCUCAAGAUCAAGUCAAAGAUUAACAGUAUUAUAAUUCUAUUGUCCGCGCACUGAGUCACGCAUAAAAGGAUCUUGACUUUUCUUUUUCAUUUUCUAACAAGUUGAGUUGAAGAUGGAAUCCGUGGUGGUAGCAUCGUUUUGCACCCUUGCCGUUUUCCUGCUUCUCCAGUUUGUCAACUACCAGGCAGCUAUUGGACCUGAUAGUCCGUUGUCCAUUGGAUGGUUUAAAAGCACUGUUGGUAACAUCUCAAAUAAGUACCCCACCCCGGUCACCCCUGCCGGGUACACUUUCAGCAUAUGGGGUCUCAUCUACCUGUGGAACUUUGCCUGGAUCAUCUACAUCCUGACGACCUUAUGUCGAUCAAACAGCCGCGGACCAGUCUACCUCAACCCACCUGCGACAACGGUCAUGUUCCUCAACAGCUACAUGAUCAACAAUGUUGCCAACAUCCUGUGGCUAUUCUUGUGGGAUCGGGAGUACCUGACUAGAUCUGCGUUAGGUCUCUUUCUGAUCGCACUAACCCUCUACGUAGGGUUGUACAUCAGCCUCACCAAUGUCUACCAGUAUCUCACCGAUUUCAAAGACUUUGCAGAAUCUGAUCUUUGGGCCUAUAGAGUCUUAGUGCAUAACGGUCUAGCCAUCUACGCUACCUGGGCUACAGCUGCAUCCCUCAUCAAUCUCUCAGUAGCACUCAUAUACGAAGCCAUGCUACCAAGCGAUGUCGCCACGUACGUUUCACUGACCACUCUUGCCGUUAUCGUCAUCGUCUACUUUGUCUUUGAGUUGUUUGUCUUCGAUGCCUAUACUCGAUACGUCUUCAUGGUGUAUCCGACCUUGAUCUGGGCAUUGGCUGGUAUCAUGGUCGCUAACGGGGAUGACACUAACAGCCCAGUGUUUGUCUACAGUGCCAUUCUCGUUUCAGUUUGUUUCAUCUUCUUCAUCGUCAAGACCGUUUUCAUGAUCAUCCGCAGUCCCGUCUACCUAAUCGUCAAGAUGACCAGGGUUAAUUCGACCACGUACAAACACAUAAUGUAGAAAAAAAGACCGACAGAGUACGUGUAUUAACGAUUUCUCUUCUCCUCCUCCUCCCUUCUUCUUCUUUCUUGUUAAUUCGUCCUCUUCUCUUCCUUCCCUUUCUACUCCUCACCC